AUGAACCAGACAUCCAUGGGCACACGGCGAAAACCGGUUAUUAUCACGGUGGUGCUCGUGGCGAUUCUUCUCAUUGUCGUCCGGUUGAGCACGGCGCAGUCGCGUGACGCGUUAGCCAUCGACAACUUCAAUGGCAUAUUCUCGCUGGUGUUUAGCGAAAACGACAAGAAACAGGAUGAGUUUUUGAAGAAGAUCGAGAAGAUGCAGCGGGAGUUUGUUACGUCUCAGGACGAGCGCUUGCGUGCGUUGGAACGCCAGAACGAGUACUUGAUCGAACAAGUGCGCCAGUUGAGAAUCCCACUGCAAUCCAUGUCUUUGCGGGAAAAGUUGAUGUUUAUGGUGCCUUAUGACACCAAGGCUAAGUUCCCAGGUUACAUCUGGCAGCUGUGGAAGCACGGCUUGAACGACGAGAGGUUCGACUCCACUUUCAAAGAGGGCCAGGCCCAGUGGGCCGUGAGAAACCCAGGCUUCGUCCACGAGUUGUUCAACGACGAUACCGCCUACGCCACAGUCAAGCAUUUAUACAGCUACGUGCCGGAGGUGGUUGAGGCGUAUGAGAGCUUGCCGGAGGUCAUUCUCAAAAUGGACUUCUUCCGUUACUUGAUUCUUUUCGCCAAAGGUGGUGUCUACGCCGAUGUCGACACCUUCCCCUUGCAGCCGGUCCCCAACUGGAUUCCGGAAAACGUCAGCCCGACCGAAUUGGGCUUGAUUGUUGCUGUGGGUACUGACUCCCGUCUGGCUUCUUGGCGCCAGGAAAAUCACCGCCGUCUUGAAUUUGGAAACUUUGUCAUUCAGAGUAAGCCGGGCCACCCCGUGUUGCGUGACACCAUUGCGCACAUCACACAACAGACUUUGCGUGAGAAGGCAAACUUGGCGGAUGGCCAGCGUUUGACCUUGGAAGGUUCGCCUAACCAGAGGCUGUUGGCCAUUUCGCGCUGGACAGGCGCCGGAACUUGGACAGACAACAUUUUACGCUACUUAAACGACUACGUCCAGUCACUGGUGUACCAGUCCAUCACGUGGAAGGAGUUCCACGACUUGGAAACACCAAAGUUGGUGGGAGACGUUUUGGUGUUGCCCAUCAAGUCUUUUGCGUCCGAGCUCGAGAUUCCAAAGGACAACAAGGUGCUGGACCCAAUUGCUUUUGUCAAGCACUAUGCAGCCAGCAUCUGGAAAACUACAUAG